AUGGAGAAGCGAGUUCACCGUCAACUAAAGGUAGAUCGGGUGAAAGUUCUCGAGGCUGCGGCAGAGAGGAUGAGAGACCAGGCGAUUGUCGUCGACGAAUGGCGAGACUUCUUGGAGAUGAUACAGAAAGCUAUUCGCGAUAGCAAUCUCGACAAUAGGCACGCUCUUCCCCAUCUGGCCCAAAGAAUUCAUGAGAGUAGAAUACCUGACGGUGGAUGCCACAAGCUUCGCAAUCGAAUAUGGGAGGACGACGGCUUUAUGGCCAAGGCAAUUCACAAAGCUGGACAAAAACAAAGCAAAAAAGGAGUCGCCAAAAGCGGCCCUGAACUCCAACGGGACAAAAGCAAUGUUACCGGAAGCCAUACGCAACACGUGGCCACAGAUGCUCCUACACUCCCUCUACCAGACCAAGAUGGCUCGGAUGAAUUGCCUCUCAGCAGUAAAGACUCGAUGUCCGGCUCUCACAGCGACAAACUGAGUACAUCACCCAGUCGUGCUGUUUCUGUCGACAGUGACGAGGGCUUUCCUGCCCCUCCAACACGAUAUCCUGUGGGCGAAAUCAUAUCCCGCCUCCGAGACGACAAAUGCCUCCAAAGCAAUGAUAUACAUCGUUGA